GUACCAGCCCAAUUCUGUUGUUUUGGAAAUUAAAUGACUAAAAUGACAAAGCAUUUCAUACUGAAAUUAAAGUAAGCAUCAGUUACUUCUGGAUUUAAUGCCUAGAAACCAUUGGUUUUAAGAGGUUCUGCCAUAGUAAAGGUGCUGUGGCACCAUAAUGGUAAGCAAGUAUGCUUUUUAAAAAGAAAAAGGUAGGGCUUUUGGUUUUUUUAACCUGUAUUUCUUCUGAGACAGUUGGUCAGGCUCAAGCAAAUUUGAAAGAGGAACAGGUGCCUCCAGGACACAAAGCUUAUGUCCCACUGGUUUCUAAAUGCCAGUCUUGCCUAUAUCCCAGAACAAAUUUCCAAAGAUUUCCCAAAACAUUUAAAGUUGUCACUUUUACUUCCUUAUAGAUCUACAUGUUACUGAUUUCCACGUUAAAACAAUAAAUUUUAUUAUUCCCCUAGAGUAGCCAUGUUCAGGAAUGUCUCACCUAGAAUAGUGUGCUAUUUGUGAGAACAUAUAUUGCACCAUGAAAAUGAGAAGAAGAUUGAGUGCAGGAUGUUCUGGAGGCUUCCUUGACUGUGCAGGGAGUUUAGAGUCUUAAUUCAGGGAUCAGAUUUGAAGGGGAGAUUACAGGGGGUGAAUACCUCCCAGAAUGUGUUAAAGUAAUGUUGGUGUUUGUUUUCUUUCAAUUUAUUUCAAACAUUUAGUCGGGUGAGAAAAAGAAGAUCAGCAAAGCUGAACGCCUGAGAAUACGGAGAGAAGAAGAGGAAAGGAGGCUGAAGGAGGAAGGAUCGAGAACGAAGGGAGGCUGAACAAGCAAAACUUCAUUCACUGGAACAGAAGUUUUUGCUUGCACAACAGUGGAAGGCAGAUUAUAGAACACAGGCAAAGUGGGAGCAUUACCUGAGUUGUGAUGGAAAUCCUGACCCCACUGUGCUGCAGGAAAUAAAUACCUUCAUGAGCUUAUGGCGUGAUGAUCAAAGUGAGGACGUUAAACUUGUGAUGAAGAAGGGGGAACUGGUACUAAAUUUAAUUGAGAAGUUGCAGUUUCUUUUAUUGGACACACUGCCUGGUGAGAUAACAGAAAAAGAAACAAUCCAGUACCAGGAAACUAUUCUGGAAUUGCAGAAUCUGCUUCAUCAGAAGUACAAUGAAACAACAGAACACAUGCUUAAAACAGCUAAUAAGUAUGAAGACCCUUACACUGGAAAUAUGCAGGUAGUCAUAAAAGACGAAAAUGUUACUUUCUGUGUCUGGGGCAAUCUGAAGAAGAAAGUAAGGUUCAAAAAUCAUGUGUUUUGUGAUGUACAGCAUGGAUUUGAUCUUCCAAAGUCACUGGCAUUGAGCAGUGUUGCCAUUCGCAUAUUACACACUCAUUAUGAUCAUGUAUCUCCACUCUGGCUGCAGUGGCAGGGCAUGCCCAAAUUGGAGAUCUUAGAUAGCAAAGAGUUAACUCAGGAUUCAGAAGACAAUGUACAAGAACCAGAAGAAGAGGAAAAGAAAGCCAGAGAUGAGCCCAGUGUACCUGCUGAAGAAGAAAUGUGUUCUGACAGGAGAAAGAGUGCGACCACAUUCAAAGAAAACAGGAACAGCAUAGCUGAUGUAAAUCAGAAAACAGAGGAGGAAACUGAGAACAAAUUAGAAAUCUUGGACAUAGCAUCACAAGUUGAGGAUCCAGCGAUGCAGGAAGAGACGAGUGGAAAAGAAGUGGCAAUAACUGAUGAAGCUGUUGUGGAUUUCCAGGAGUUUGUGCUGGUGGGUGGUGUGUUCCACAUUGAGGCACUGCACCUGCCACCUCAGGGGAAACGAGUCAAGGGCUGGAGUAUGGUGGAGCUAGUUGAUGCUGGAUUUGAGGCAUACCCAUAUCCCCCAGAAGAGAAUGAAGAUGCCACACAUCCACCAAUACAGAUAACCCUUGCGCUUUCAGACAGUGUGAUGUUUUUUGAGGAGCCUAUGAUUGCCCGGUGGGAUCCUACAGGCCAACAGUGGAGAACUGAUGGCAUCAGCAACAUAAAGUAUGGAACAUCAGAAAAGAGCGUCACCUUUGAGAUGGGCACCUUUUACACCAUAGCCCUGCUCCAGGAUGCUCAUCUCAACAUGCCCUAUCAGGCAUGGGAACUGCAACCCACUGGUACAGAUGAAGCACUACUUCUAGUUAAAACAGUCUUUGCAGCAGUUCAGAUACAAAUUAAGGGUAAUCAGUGUAUGUUGUCUUCAGUAGUGGUGGAAGAGAAGCAUGUACUUUCCCACGUGACAGGAAAAUGGCUAAGUCCACUUGAGCUAAGAGCAGUUUUGAAAAAGGCUGGUGUGAAUAUUUUCCCAGGAGAGCAUUCUCACAAGUAUGUCUCUGUGAAUAAGAAGGCUCCCCUGACAGAAAUUAGGGCAUAUCAACAGAUUGCACUGCUUGUGUGUGCUUUUGCUUUUGCCUGGAGCAAGUGGAAUCAAGAAGCAGGUGAAGAGCAAGUGGUGUUCAAGGUAAGUGAGCAUCUUAAAGCAGGUGUUGUCAAAGACUGGUCUCUUUAUCUAUUUGAUGGUGAGAAAGCACAAAAGCUGAAGAUCACUGAAAACAGUGAAGCUUUUUCAGAAGAGCUAGAAGAUGAUUCUGAAUUUCACUCCACACUCUACCAUAUGCUUAAAGACUUUGCCAGCAAAGAAGCAAUUGAUAAAGUGGAAACAGCAGGCUUCCUAUUCAUUGAUGUUGUGUAUCAGCUGCUCCUUGCUACAAGAGUUUUAACAUACUCUUAA